UCUAGCAAACAGCAUUACUCAGCUAUUGAUCAGACAGUCGGAUGCUAUAGAAACGGUUUUUCCAAGAUACUGUUUUCUGGAAGUGUUUUGUCUACAAAUAAAAAAUGGUUGUGAAACUCUAUACGACGUCUGUGACAACUAACCGGGAGAUCUAUAACAAACAGAACAGAAUCAAGCAUGUAUUCGAGGCUAAGGGGAUUCCUUUUGAGGAGAUCGACCUCUGCCACGAUCAGGAAGCACGUGAUCUGAUGAGAGAAAAGGCGGGAAUUCCUGACCUACUUCCGCCCGCCAUCUUUAACGACGACACGUACUGCGGGGACUUUCAGAAGUUUGAAGACUCGGUAGAAGAUAACACGCUGAAAGACUUCCUUAAACUGCUGUGAGCCGAUUCCUGUGCUCAAAAUCCUGUAAUAUAUCAUAAAUGGUGCUGCUGUAAUUUCUUUACUCACGUGACCACAUCGACCAUAUUUGGGUGUAAACAAGACCUGGCUCCAUUAUUACAAAAAAAUACUAAUGUAAAUACUCCGCUGUAUACAUUAUAAAAGCAGUGUAUGCAAUGGACAUGGACAGUUAAUACAUUGAGGUGGCUGGUCCGGCUUUUAGUGUAUUUCCCAAUAUUUUGUAUCGAAAAUUGUGAUAUUUAGAUAAGGGGUAUUAAUUAAUAAUUGGGUAGAUUUACAACUCAUUAUUUUAAGCAGUUUCUCAACAACAUUGUAUCCUCUAGAUUGUUAUCAAUUUUAUUUCCAAACCAUUUCCUUAAGAUUUUUAUAAACUUUUAAUCGCUUUAAAAACUGUCAAAACAUAUUUGAAUUUGAAUUUCGUGUUAUUAGAUUUUGAACUAUCUGAACUCCGUACUUGUGAUACGCCCCUCUGUAGAAUUUUACACGAGUCAAUGAACGCCCCUCUCUGUAUAAUAAAACCAUUGUGUAAUAGUUUUACGUAUGCUUUUAUAAAUAUCCAUUAUAUAUUAUGUUUAUGUAUCAGUUACGAACUUUAAACGCAUAUAUUAUGCAUGUGAUAACAGCAGACACCAAUUUCUCUCCAUCAUCUUGUAAUUUUGUAUAAGUUUGUUGGUUAAUUCAAAUAAGUUACUUAAAGCUGCACUCUCACAGAUUUACCGUGUUUUCAACUUUUUUUUAUUUUUUGUCUUGGAAUUAGCAAAUUUUUGCGUAAAUAUUUGCAAACCAGUGAUAAAAGACUGAUGACAAAAUAUUAGAUUGCAGAUUUUCAUAUCUCCAUUCCAAAUUUAAUGUUUUAUGGCUUAAACCGCUACUAACGGUUUCAGAAAAAUGCAUCAAACAUCAAUUUUGGAGAGGAAAUAUGAAAAUCUGCGAUCUGAUUUUCUUGUCAUCAGUCUUUUAUCACUGGUUUUCAGAUAUUUACGCAAAAACUGCUCGUUCCAUGACAAAAAAUAAAAAAAAACUGUCAAAACGUUCAAUCUGUGAGAGUGUAGCUUUAAGCCUGUUAAGCUGAAGAUCCGAGAAAUUGAGACCAUGAUCUUAAUUUUAACGUAGGACGAUGUAGCUUAUCGGAUCAGUUAUUAAAAGCAAAUAAUCCGAUUAGCUACAUCGUUCUUUGAGCCAAUUAAGAUCAACUUUGAAUACCAGCCCUAAACUUCAAGUAUAAAAAUGAUAUGAUUAUAUUUCUGCAAAACCAAUGUAUGAAAAAAAUAAAAGUUAUGAUAUGCUUAUUUUGCUCAAAUACUAUCGGUAUGUAUGGUGAAGAUGUCAUAUAUCCAGCUGAUGUGCUCUCAAAUGCUAUUUGGAAUUAUUGGUUCUUUUAUAAAUUAAUAACGAUGAAAAGUUUUUGUUGCGGAAUUGGGCCUCAGCAACAUUUCAUGCCCCUGUUUAUGCGUAUGUAAAAUCUAUUUUGCAGGCUUAUGGUUGUAUUCAAUGCCUGGCAAUGGUACAUUUUUGAAAGUUCAAGAUGAUGUUGCUCUUUCACGUUGAGAUUUUAAAUGUUUUAUGUUUUGUUUUGCUAUUUUUACACUUUUAUUAUUUGCUACAAAUGUCAACUAUGUCAUUUAUAUAUACUCUUUGUAUUGCGCUCUUUGAUAUGGAUGUGUGUAUUUUCUAAGAAAUAAAUUGACAUCAAUAUU